GGUUGUUUUUAUUCAGCAGUUUCUGGGUUGCUUCUGAUUUUGUUCUUUACCUACUGAUUGUUGGAAUCUGGAUUAUACUUGCUCUUUUAGGAAAGCUGUUUAGAAUUUGUUGUUUGUUGGGUUUAUUUGAGGUAGCUCUGAACUGAACUGGAAUUGUCCAUACUGGUCUUGGAUAUACAUUUAAUCCAUUAGCUGAUUGGGUGAGCGAGAAAUUGAUUUACAAAUGGAACUCUGUGUCUCUUUGAUUCUCUUUCUGAUUUCUCUGCCAGCAUUUUUGGCCAAAGAUGUUGGACAUGCUAGCUUUGUAGUUGAUGGGACAGUAGCUACUGCACACGUUGAUAACAAUUUUGUCUGUGCCACUCUUGAUUGGUGGAAUCAUGAAAAGUGCGACUACAACCACUGUCCUUGGGGAUCUGCAUCUGUGUUAAAUUUGAACUUGUCUCAUCCUCUGCUUGCCAAGUCAAUUCAAGCUUUCAAUCAGUUGAGGAUCAGAAUUGGGGGUUCCUUGCAAGAUCAAGUAUUGUAUGGUGUAGGAGAUUUGAAAUAUCCAUGCCAUCCUUUCAGAAAGCAGAAGGGUGGGUUGUUUGGAUUUUCUACAGGAUGUUUACCUAUGAGUAGAUGGGAUGAGCUUAACCAUUUUUUCAGCAAGACGAGGCCCCUUGUCACAUUUAGUUUGAAUGCACUGUCAGGGAGGCACCACAAAGGCGCGGAUGUUUGGGUUGGAGAUUGGGACUCUAGCAAUGCCUAUGAUUUUAUUAAUUAUACAGUUUCGAAGGGCUACCACAUAAAUUCAUGGGAGUUGGGUAAUGAGCUCUGUGGUAAUGGUGUUGGAGCUAGAGUUGGAGCUGAACAGUAUGGAAAAGACAUGAUGAAGCUUAAACAAAUUGUCAACCAGUUGUACAAUGACUCCCACAUAAAGCCUGCAAUUGUAGGACCUGGAGGAUUCUAUGAUCAAAAGUGGUUUGCCACGCUUCUUCAGGUUUCUGGUUCAGGCGUAGUCAAUGUUGUCACUCAGCAUCUUUACAAUCUGGGUCCAGGUGUUGAUCCCAAGUUGAUGCAAAAGAUAUUGGAUCCGUUUUACUUGGACCAUAUAUCUGGUACAUUCGAUAAUCUUGCAGCAACAGUAAGACAGCAUGGACCUUGGGCUUCUAUAUGGGUUGGAGAGUCUGGAGGAGCCUAUAACAGCGGCGGUCAUAAUGUAUCUGACACAUAUGUGAACAGCUUUUGGUAUUUGGAUCAGCUUGGAAUGUCAGCCAAGUACAAUACUGCAGUAUAUUGCAGGCAGUCCCUAGUUGGUGGGCACUACGGUCUUCUCAACAGAACCUCAUUUGUUCCCAACCCUGAUUACUACAGUGCACUUCUGUGGCAUCGACUUAUGGGACAAAGUGUUCUCGCUGUUGACCGUAACGGGGCACCACACUUGCGCGUUUAUGCUCAUUGUUCAAAAGGAAGCGCUGGUAUAACCCUACUCCUCAUCAAUUUAAGCAAUCAGACCGAUUUCACUGUCGAUGUUAAAAAUGUUCUGGAGUUCGAUACAGCUGCUCGAUCAAGAAACACUGACAAAGGAAAUCAUUUCAGUCAUGGUCUUAAGAGAACACUUUCAUGGGUUGGUCUCAAAGCAUCAGAUGGACCGUUACAUAGAAAAGAAUACCAUCUGACUCCAAAAGACGGGAACCUUAGAAGCAAAAUCAUGGUCCUCAAUGGAGUUCCAUUGGAAAUUACCAAGGACGGAAACAUCCCGGAAUUAGAACCUGUUCUUGUUCCUACAAAUUCUCCUCUAUCGAUCACCUCUUUGUCCCUCAAGUUUGUUGUGCUGCCUCACUUUGAGGCUCCAGCUUGUGGAUGAUUUCUCUCUUCUCAACCCCGCAAAGCGUCUAUAUGUUGGCUUAGUACUUGCUCGCAGAAUAUGGCAAUUGUAAAUUGUCUUGAAUAAACAAUUAAUGCACAAGAACAAAAAAUAAAAAAUAAAAAAAACCGUAUAGCAUAUUCAUUUACAUA